GCUACUUUGUCGCCGGUGUGGUGUCUGUUUAAUGGAGAGAAAACUUUUAUUUUGUCGGAGUUUGUGUGCAGAGAAGGUUUCUGUUAUUGUGUGAAAAUGUCUAAAGCUCAAGUGUUGAGAUCGCUGGUGAAGCAGCGACUAACUGCUGCUGCUGAAGAGAUAUUUGGGCUGUUUGAAACGACGAUAGCAGAGUACGAGGAGGAACUUUGUCGUUCAAAAGAGGAAAACGAGAGAAAACAGAAACUCCUGGACGAUGUUUUAAACCCUGAGCUUCUAUUAGACAGAGCAGACAUCCAGCAGGUGUUGAUGGUUAAAGAGGAUGUCCCCUCUGACGAGCGGCAAUCCAAUCUGGACCAGGAGGACCAAGAGCCUCGAAAUAUCAAAGAGGAACAGGAGGACCUCUGGACCAGUCAGGAGGGAGAGCAGCUUCAAGGCCUGGAGGAGGCUGAUGUCAUGUUUACUACUGUCCCGGUGAAGAGUGAAUAUAAUGAAGAGGAACCUCAGUCCUCAUGGCUUUGUCAAAGACAAACUGAACAGAUGGAAAAUGAAGAUCAUGGAGAGGACUGGGGAGGACCAGAAGCAGAAGCAGCCAGCUGCUCAGAUCCAAAUAGACACCCAGUACCAGAUACGUUCAAGACUGGAGAUGCUUCUGAGACUGAUGCCAGUGAUGACUGGAAGGAGACCAGAGAACCUCAGUCAGGUUUAAACUCACUGACAGACUCCCAAACCUCAGUCCCUGUCAGUGGUUUUAAAUUUAGUGUUGGUGAGAAACUAUUUAGCUGCUCUGAGUGUGGGAAAAGAUUUGGGACCAAGAGAAGUGUGAAGAGACAUGUUAGAACUCAUUCACAAAAUAAACCUUACAGCUGCUCUGUCUGUAAGAAAUCUUUUAGUCAGAGUGGAAUUUUACUGACCCACAUGAGAACCCACACAGGAGAAAAACCGUACAGCUGCUCUGUCUGUAAGAAAACUUUCACACAGAGUGGCAGUGUACAGGCCCACAUGAGAACCCACACGGGGGAGAAACCUUUCAGCUGCUCAGUUUGUGAAAAGAGAUUUUCUAAUAAGGAGCAUCUGAAGAUACACAUGAGAACUCACACAGAAAACAAGCCUUUCAGCUGCUCGCUCUGUAAUAGAUCUUUUACACAGAGAGGCAGUUUACAGACUCACAUGAGAGUCCACACGGGAGAGAAACCUUAUAGCUGCUCCAUCUGUCAGAAAUCUUUUACACAGAGUGGCAGUUUAAGCGUCCACAUGAAGCUCCACGCGAAGACCUUUCAGCUGCUCGAUUUGUGAUUAAAGGUUUUUUUCGCAAGGAACAUCUAAAGGUAAACAUGAGAAAUCCUACAGUAAAAUCUUUCAGCCACUCAGACUGUAAGAAGUCUUUUACACGGAGUGGAACAGGGAAAAGUCAUUGUAAAUACUGGAUUUUCAACAAAAAAAGAAAAAGAAACAAAUUAUUUCUGUAAAAGCUGAGACAUGAGAGGGUGUAUAAUUUGUUUCAUGAAUAUAAUUUAUGGGAAGAUUGAUCUACUGUAACACGUCUAAAUUGUAUGAAAUUAGCCAAAUCUCCAUGUACCACACACAGCUGUUAAAUGUUGAUAGGCUUUGUUUUAAAGGAUGAAGAAAAUAUACAAUUACUGUUUUUAUACAAAUACUGUGGGUUAUAAAAUUAUGUGAAGGAACUGGAGCAAACAUCCACACAAACAAUAAUAUACAGACAUCUAAAAGAAUGCAUAGUAUUUAAUAAUUUGGAUGUAGCCAUAAAUGUUCCCUACAAUCCGUUUAAAGUGUUUUUACUACUGUUGAUACUACUGACAGUUACAACUACUACUGUAAACAACUACUAAUAUUAAUGAUCCCACACAGGAGUAUUGAAGUUUCACAUCAGCAGAAGUACACAGAUAGGUGCAUAGUGCAAAAAGACCGUACAUUACUGCAGUCUGGAACAUGUAAACAAUAACAAAAGCUUGUCUACCAUGCAUUAUUAUCACUAGCUAUUUGCUCAUCUGUCCAACAUAUAAUGUUUAAUUGAUGUCCAAUUGUUUUGUUGUUGUUAUUCUGUCUCUUUCACACAGUGUACCACACACGGUUUUUAAAUUGUCCUUUUUGCCAACAUGUCUGGAGGGAAUCUUUUAAGUACUUGAAUAAAUGCAAUAAGUUACUUUGCACCACUGAAAACUCUUCUUGCGUAUUAAUAAGACUGUAGAGGAAAUACUAUACUGCCCUUUGUGCUGUGUGAU